AUGGCUCAGAAGACGUGGUUUUUCCCGCCUGAUUUUACCUUCCGUCCGACCGGGGAGCUCGCUCUGGGAACGGUGAUCAAGCAUCCGAGCCACCCCACCCUCGCCCUAGCUUCCCUCCGUUCCAGCGAGCAGCCCAAAAUCGACCUGCCUGAAAUCGAUAUCCUCCAAGAGCGCAGCCAUGUCCAUUCCCAAACCUCUAAACGAUCUGCAAACAUCAGUUUUCUUGCCAAGUUUGUCGAUUUGGCUUCCGCGAGACGAGCGUUGGCCUUUCACGCAACAAAGAAUGGCUACUCGGGAGUUUGGACCUCGAAAUACAAACCGAUAAGUAGAGAUGCUUUGAAGGCGAUAACCAGGCUGGAGCCCGUCAAAAAACACAUUAACAGCGGCAUUUUUGGCAAGAAGCCCGUGUACAUUAUUACAGGGUUACGGGUGGCGAAAAGCUCGUUCCAAGUGACGGAUCAAACAAAAUCGUCGGCGACCAUAUCGCUGGGAGCAUCUGGGCCAGCCCCGGCUUGGGUCCUUCCUUUGGAAAUCGGGGGCGGAAUUUCUGGCGCGUGCGAGCAAAGUAGAAAGGAUUCAUAUGAAACGGGGCCAGACGUUGUGUAUGCAUACAGAGUGCAUAAGAUUCGGGCGAAAAAAGACGGCGACGAGGCGGAACUAUUUUCGUAUAGGGGGGCAUUCGACGCUAGCGAAAGCGAAGACGAGGAAGUUGAGUGCAAGGAGCUGACAGCGAACAUGCUUAGAGAGGACCCGGAAAUGGAUUUCGACGUUGUCGAACAUCUAGGGGAGGGUGAAUUAUUUAUAGCCUUUAAAGGUGAUCUAGCCUAA